GCCCACACACAACUCCUCCCCUCUGUCCCGUCUUCAUGCCCUUCAUAUAACCGCCUCACACUCUGAAUCGCCAAUUUUGCACUCGCACGCUCCGCUCCAUCAUCACCACAUCUCCCUCGCUACGAACCAGGGCCGCCGGCCACACUCUCAACCGACCCGCCCCCAACCAACGGCCAGUGUCUCAGCCUGUUGUUGUAGAUUCACACCCGUCGCCAUUACGCCCAAUCCCGUCCGCCAUGCACGCCUGACCCAACCAUUUGUUCCUACAACCUCUCUUUCCUUCCUCCUGCGAUAUCCCCCUUCUACAUUGCGCCCCUCCGGUCUGCUAGACCGCCGCAGCUUUCGCCAUGCCGUACUGCGGGAAGCCGUCCAAGGGCUGCUCCAACUGUCGCCAGCGCAAGAUCAAGUGCGACGAAGCAAAGCCCGGCUGCACGCAAUGCGCCAAGCGUAAAGAAGACUGCCCUGGCUACCGCAACAUUGUCGACCUCAUGUUCCGCGACGAGAGCAGCCAUGUUAUUCAAAAGGCUAAAAAGACCCGCCGCAAAAGCUCCUCGAAGAAGCUGCAGCCCGAUUCUGAAGGCGCCACUGAUGUAUCUUCCAACGGCUCCCCGACACCACAGGUCCUGCGAGAGCCUACGUCCCAUCCCGUCGACUACCCCGUCCGCCUCGAACAGCCUAUGGCUACUAAUAGCACCACCUGGAAGGACGACACACUCGAUGUGUCUGCAAUCGACCCUGACAAGCCGCCGUUUGAAAACCCAGCGGCGCCAUACCAGGACCGCGGCAUCUCCUUCUUCUUCUCCCAAUACGUAGCCGCUGAUAAAGGCUGCUUCCCCAACUACGACUUUAUAUCCGACUUGUGGAAGGCUCCCAUGUCGCCCGAGAAUGAUGACGCUGUUGCUAUCACGGCGGGCGUUACCGCUGUUGGGUUGGCCGGACUGUCCAAGAUGACGGGUUGCAAGAAGACCAUGGACAGAGCCCGGCAGGACUAUGGCGUUGCUCUUAAUCUGACCAACGCCGCGCUGCAGGACCCCGUCGAAGUCACAAAGGACACGACCAUGCUAGCCGUUUUGCUGUUGGGUACAUACGAGUUCAUGUCUGGUACAACACCGCAGACUAUCCAACUAUGGCAGAAGCACGUAGACGGAGCCGCUGCCGUGGCUGGCAUUCGAGGCACAACACAGUUCCGCACAAAGGCCGGUGUACGCAUGUUUCUCCUACUCAACCACUCGGUGCUGUUGAGCUGCAUGCAGACCGGCUUCCCGAUGCCGAGGGCCAUCCUCGACCUGCGCAAAGAGCUCGAGAAGCUCAAUAUACUCAACAAGACGACAAUGAGGGUCGUUGGUCACCUGUCCGACACCAUCCAGCUGCGCUAUGACAUUAAGACGCGCGCUAUUACAGACCGCGACGACAUCCUCAAACGCCUCUAUGCGCUUGAAGCCGACUUUAUCACCAUUGUCGCCGGUCUGCCGGGUCCUAUGCGCUACCGAAUUGUCCACCUUGACCAACCUCACCCCACAGCAUUUGAUGAGUACUGCCAUGUUCACCCAGGCUUAACACAAAUGUCUCUCUGGAAUGUCAUCCGUACCAUGCGCAUCCUCGUUCAAGAGUCCAUUAUAGAGCACCUCACCAUGGGCACGACCGAUCCGCUGGCCCUCGACUUGGCCGCACGAACCAAGGUCUUCCGCGCACUCCACCUCCAGCGCAAACUCAUCCAUGGCGUUCUUGCUUCUGUUCCGCAGCACUUUGGCGUCGUCAACUGGCUCGACUCUGUCGCUGCAGGAUGUCCUGAGGCCGUUGAGCGUCCAUUGAGCGACGCCAUCUCCACACCCAAGUCCACGUCCUCGUCUUCCGAGGACGGGUCUACCAUUCGCAUCCAACUUCCUUCAUUCAAGGAUACCUCGCAUACCAACCAGCCCGGCGGACACAACGCCGCGCGUUUCAUGAUGCUUGCCACCUCAAGCAACAUGAUUGUCUGGCCCCUACACACAGUCGGCACCGCGCGCAUGUGUUCCGCCCAGGUCCGCACCUACGCAGUCGAACGUCUUGAGAGCAUCUAUGCCGAGACAGGCUUCCACCAAGCCCACGAAGUGGCUAACAUGGUUCGCGACAGGCCGGACGAGCGUUGGACGGAGGUCUAUUCGGCUCUGGCAGGAGCCUACGUGGAUGACUUACCUACUAUUGUUUAACGACUGUUGUUUGAUGUUUGAUACAGUUAGCGGGCGUACGAAAAAGCAAACAGGAGAGAGGCGUUUUUUAAUAGAUGUCAGCACCAGCAUGCAAGCGUACAUGUAUACAUAUCUAUUAUAUAUCAAAAUAUAUACAAUAUACUGCGUAAUACUGCCUUUGUUAUGAAUAUAGAUUUAUCCUGCAA